AUGUCUGGACUUAAAGUUGGAAUCAACGGAUUUGGUCGCAUUGGUCGUCUGACCUUGCGUGCUGCCCUCGAGAAGGGAGUCAACGUUGUCGCAGUGAAUGACCCAUUUAUCAGCCUGGAGUAUAUGGUGUACAUGUUCAAGUAUGACUCCACCCAUGGUCGUUACAAGGGAUCAGUUAAAGAGAACAGCGGCAAGUUGGAAAUUGAUGGACACCUCAUUACUGUGUUCGCUGAGAAAGAUCCUGCUGCCAUUAACUGGAAGUCAGCAGGUGCUAACUACGUUGUUGAAUCGACAGGUGUAUUCACAACAGUGGACAAGGCUAAUGUACAUAUUAAGAGUGGAGGUGCCAGCAAAGUAGUCAUCUCAGCCCCUUCAGCUGAUGCCCCCAUGUUUGUGCUGGGUGUCAAUGAAGACAAGUACACCAAGGAUCUGACGGUUGUCAGCAAUGCCUCCUGCACCACCAACUGCCUGGCCCCUCUCGUCAAGGUCAUCAAUGACAAGUUUGGAAUCGUUGAAGGAUUGAUGACAACCGUGCAUGCUACAACCGCCACUCAGAAGACUGUUGAUGGCCCCAGCAAUAAGGACUGGCGUGGAGGUCGUGGAGCUGCCCAGAACAUCAUCCCAUCUUCAACUGGUGCCGCAAAAGCUGUAGGAAAAGUCAUCCCUGCAGUCAACAACAAACUAACUGGCAUGGCUUUCCGUGUCCCAGUUCCUGAUGUGUCGGUUGUGGACCUGACUGUCCGACUGGAGAAAGGGGCAACCUACGAUGAGAUCAAGAAGGCAGUCAAGGAUGCCUCUGAGACAUCCCUGAAGGGUAUCCUGGGCUACACUGAAGAUGAUGUUGUGUCCUCCGACUUUUUGGGUGAUGCCCGCAGCUCAAUCUUUGAUGCUAAUGCUGGCAUUGCUUUGAACAGCAACUUUGUGAAGCUUGUUGCCUGGUAUGACAAUGAAUAUGGUUACAGUAACCGGGUGGUGGAGCUCCUCCAGCACAUGUACAAAGUUGACAACCAGUAA